AUGGUCGACUUGAUAGCAGCAAAUCCAAUUACCUCAAUGCCGGAGAUCAAGCAGCUGCUCCGAAAUGUUGCUAUCAUAUACAGUCCCUCGACUAAUUGCUCGAACCAUGAGCAGUAUCGACAAAUAUGCUACGUGCCUGGCUCUGACCGCGAGCUUCCAGACCAAAUGACGGCAGCUGAAUCAUUGCAGAUCCUUCAUCUUGCAGCCAGAAUACAGCGUCUAGCAUGCAUGUGCCUUCACAGCAUGCAACAGAAGUUUGUUACUGCAGUAGAAGACUCUCAAGGGCCUCUUGUAGCUGCAAAGGCAGCUGAACCCACUUCUUGGAUGGAAGAGUUCCGCGUAUAUUGGGUACUCUGGCAUUUACAGCAUUAUUCCGCUUUUGUGGAAGUCUCGAAGGCCCGUUGGGCAUGGCCAAAGGAUUACAUAGAGGACGCGAAAGAAAACUUUACCACCUUGAAUCGUGUCCCUCGUAUCCUGACAGAACAGGUAUGGACGGUAUCGGCUAUACUGGCGGACAUGGGUCUACGCCCACUGUACGGACACCCUAGAAGCCUUCCACCGUCAUUCCGAGAAGUUAAAGAGGAGCAAGAGGAAGAGUCCUCGAAAGCUGGGUGGACAUUUAAUCAAUACUUCGGUGCGGCACGACUACCACUCUUCGCGUCAUUGGCUCUUCCACCGAAUCAUCAUAGCUAUCCAGUCUGGAGCCCACCACCGAUUCCCAGUGAUAACUCACGGAUCGAACGAAACUGGCAGCGUGCUCCGCGGCACCGCAUGAAGGAGACAUUUGCAUCAGCGAUGAUUCGCCCCAUUGCUGGGCGGACCCAUCAAUAUCCUGGAUUCGCACAGGCUUCCCAGGACUUACGAUACGGGCCAGACGAAGAGAUACAUUCAAACUCCGGACGGGGAAAUCAUUGA